AGUAAUGUACUGCGUUUUAUGUCUAAAAUAAAAAUGUUAUCUUUUACUAAAAAUAAGUGUCGUUUUUGUAUAAAAGUAUUUUGUUGUGAAAAAUGUCGCCAAAAGCACGAAUUAAAAAUUCAUGAUAUUUACCCAAAUUGUGAUAUUUGCGCUUACGGAAGCAUAGUUUUAAAAUUACCGACCGAUGAUUUAUUGAAUCACAUCAAAGAGAAACAUUGGCCUUUACAUUGCGUUGAUUGUAAUCGAAUCUUCGGCGCCGUCCACGAAUUAAUUUUACAUAACAAAUGUCCCUUGGCUAAAAUCGAAGAAACUCCUUUAAAUUACGACGCAGAUACAAACGGAAAAAUUGUUAAUUUUGAUUCAGGAUCCAUCGAAAUACCAUUCAAAAACAUCACACCAUCCGGAGGUGAAAUAUUUGAUUAUUCAAAAAUGGGCUAUUUAACAACGAGCACACCGCGAGCCGUUUCCGAUAAAGUUAUGAACAUUUUUGAGUCAGUUACAACCAGCGAAAUUAAAAGUAAAACUGAUGAAGAUUUUGUUAACAACGCAACGACGGAUGAUGUAAAAGUGAAACGAUCUACAAGAACGGUUACUUUUAAUGAAACACCCACUUAUGAGUCAUUAAGAAAAACCCCCCAAGAACAAACAUCUUUAAAAAGUUCCUUAAAAAAAACUUCUUUUACAAAAACCCCGGAAAAACUAGAAAUCGAAAACGUUUCUAAUGAUAUUCAAACCCCUCAGAACUGCCCAACAAUUUGGGAAACAGCAACAGAAACUCCUACACAAGAUGAACUAGAAAUUGAAAAUUCAUUUGAUACCAUGUUUGAUUCUUGCGUAUCAAGCAUCCAAAUCGAAGAUAUAACAUUUGAAGAAAUAACAAAAAAUAAUAUUCAAGUUUUAAAGGAGGCCCAAAACAUUUUUCAAAAAUCCCAACAUAUCAGCAUAUGGACCUCCAUGACGUGCUUAGUAAAAAAUUUUGUGAGCGGAUUAAGUUCAUCUUCGAAUGAUUUAAAUAAAGAUUGCUUACAAUUGGAAACGCCGCGUUCCAACGCGAAAAAACGCCGAAUCCAAGAUGAUACCACCUUUGAUGAAAACGAGAAAUUUGAGAAAUUAAAAAAAAUGAAAUUAACCGAUAUUAAGUGCCGUAAACCGAUUAAUAAUACGAUUCCUUAUUUGUUUAUAAGAAAAGAGAAACCAAGUUGUGAUAAAUCAACACAAACUGAUUUGGAUUGA